AUGUUUGUCUACAUCACAGAUUCCCUUGCCCAGACUUUAGAUCCAGAUGUUGCUCAUGGCUUGCAAGACGCUUUGAACACACAUGACUUCUUUGAGCAUGCCAUGGACAGUGGCCUACAAGCCAUUCUUAGCACUCCACACCAUCUUCCAUGUCUUACACAUGUCAUACAACUUGCUGUCAAUGCCUUUUUGCGUGAGCUAAAGAUCGAUGCCAAAAAUGAUGAUGUUGUUGGCAUCCGCUGGAAUGAUGAUGAUAAAAACCUGAGAGAAAAAGGAUUGACUCGUACUCUCGAAAAAUGCGAUAUGUUAAUGCCAGCCCUCAACGUCGGGAAAGCUUUCGACGAUAUCAGCGAAUGGAUUCACACAAUACUAAAACACUUGGUCUUCUUCUAG